UUUCGAAAUGAACGUUAACAGAACGUUCUAGAACUAUGUCAACAAAACCAAAACGUUGCUUGAAUAUUGCAGGAAGUACGCAAUUAACAAUAAUAUAAAAAAAGAACGUUUAAGGUUGUCUGACUUAAAUACGAGUUAGACUUAUUCUUAGGGAAUAAGCCCUUGCUGUAUCUAGAAAAGGUUUGGGAAAACCUGACGUUGCUGUGAGAGAUCUGUUUCAAUAAAUUCUUUAGAAGUCGGGCCACUCUAAGUAAGAAUAUGGAGAUCAUGACACUGAAACCACAGGAUAAAAUUGGAGAGGAUUCGUUCACUAAGAAGUUUCCUAGAGCAGAAAGGAAACGUUUAAUGAUACGGAGAAAUAGUCACUUGAAAACAUUAUUCAUACGUUUCAACCAUAUUUUUCUGACACUAUUAUGUGACGUCACUUUCCCCGUGGAAUGACACAACUUGGGAGCGUCAAGGAGUUAGUACGUUUUGAAAAGCUUUUGGGGGUAUUUAAGAGCUAACACAUCGACUGCCAAAUCAGCGGAGCUCAUUGCUCUCUGAGUGAAGUGUACUAUACCCAAUUUCUGGUGGUUGAUAAAGUAUUGUGUUUCGAAGAGUGAAAAAAACCGCUUGAUCAAGUUAUAGUGAACAGAAUCGUCUUUACACAGCCUGAUCAAGAUAUAGUGAAUAAUUUCGUCUUCAGAAACAGCCCCAUUCGGGUUCUUCAGGCAAAAUAUUCAGAAUGGCUCUUAACAACUUUAGGCAUCCCUUUGAAGAUAAUGAGUUAUUUUCUUCUGAAGAAGAGCUGGGAGAGCCCAUGGUUCCUGAACAUCCACAGGGCAGCGAUCGUUAUGAAUUUCAGCAGAGUGGAGCAACAGUUGAGAGAGAAGACAUGGAGUCGGCGUUUGAAGGUUUGUCUUUCGAAGACAUCCAGAGGGAAACACGACUGAACAUUGACACCACCUUUAUAAAUUCUGCAAUAUUGGAUUCAUUUGCAAACGUCCAGGACAUCAGGCAGGAUGAGGAUUCUUUGCAAGUUCAGUGUCAUAACGCUGGCCAGUUACCCAUGCUAGAGACCCCUUUGAAAGCUACAGGACACAACACAAGCCAGUUGGAAAGUGAUGGAGGUUAUCCAGUAUUCAUGACCUCUCAGAUGUCACAGUCACCAGCUUUUCACAGUAAUGAGAGUUCGAUCGGAGAGGAUACUUUCUACCAAAACUCGACCAAUUUGGACCAAAACAGCAAUGACUAUCCACUGGCACCUUCUCCCUAUUUCUCUACGCAAUUUAAGGAGGGUCAGAGUUUAACUUUGGCAUCGUCGUGGCACUCCGAGGGAACUACUGACAACGCCUCUUUUGCCCCUGUUGACCCUUCUGCGAGAGCAAGCACCUCUUCGGGUAUGGAAGCGACAGUCAUUUACCACUCGUAUCCUUCCCCCUAUUCUGGAAACAGCAGCGUAUCACCUACAGGAGAAAUUUUAGCAAAUACUGCUGGGGUUGUUCCCUUUGGAGGCGGCUUCUUCGUCGAAGGUCUGGUGGCGCAGAAGACCCAAAGCAUACCUGAGCGACCCCUUGGGAAGCACAGGCGCCCUCGGAGGUGUGACCUUGAAGGAGAGGAGAAGAAACAGCACGAAAAGAAACUGGCGAAAGAGAGGGCCAAGGCACACGCCGAGCGAGAGAAAAUGAGAGACAGGAAGGCCAAUGCAGACUUGGAGUUUGAGGAGGAAAGAAAGAGAAAACUGACUCAAUUAGAGGAGUCUUUGAGCAGGAUGAGGAUGAAUUGUCUGCACAUCUGCGAUCAGUACUCAAUAUCUGUGCCAAAAGCUUCGGGUGUCACUCUUUAUUCAGAAGAGUUUGUAAACAAUGAAUACGUUUAGAGAUUAUGUUAACUUAAUUUACAUAUAGAAGUACACGUUGUCUAUCAAACCCAGUUCAUCACUAGAACUUUUUCCUAUAUAUCUACCAAAGCAAACUUUUAUGUUAAGUAUGUAGGCCAGUGAAUAAAAAAAGUGCCAACAGUAUUUAUUUAUAUCUGUACAUUUAUGAAAUAAAAUAAUGUAUUUCAAAGUUUAUUCAUAU